UUUCCCUAUUGGUUUCUGUCAAUGUGAGACAAAUUUUGGAACAGAAAAAUACAAAUUCAGUUCGAUUUGGUAUUUGUUACGAAAACAAAGGCGCGCUUUGUAACGAAAAAGAAAUCUCUCCAUUUUGUGUAAUUUUGCAAAAUAAUAUUUUCAAAGAAUAUUUAAAGAGAAAAAAAUAGAAGAAAAUUAAAGAGAAAAUUGAUAAAAUAUUGUGAAUUGAAAAAAAAAUAGAAAAAAAUAUUUAUAAAAAAUAAAAAGUAUACGCCACCAAGGCACGGUUACUUGUGAGAUUUUUGAGUGUGUGUGGUUGUGCGCUACAAAAACCAUCAAGCCACCCUCCUUUGCUGGCCCUUAUUGUGUGGCAGAAAAAUAACGAGAGACUUUCCAGAGUCACUCACAGAACAAAACUACUCUCCUCAAAGUCAUCAUCUUCCAAGACGAGAACUUGGACACUUGCUGUAGUAUUUGCAAAGAGUAAAGCCAAGAAAGGAAGGAAGCCAUUGUCUCUCUCUCUCUCUCUCUCUCUCCGUUUGCCCCCUUAUUCUUGUUCCGAGAUAAUAGAAAAGAAAUAAUAAUACAUCCAAAAAACGUAACAAUUUUCAAAGCAAAAAAGAAAAGAAGAAGAAGAAAAGUGAACAAAAUAACAGGACAAUUUAUUGUAGUGUCCCCUGCUCUCUCUCGCUCUCUUUCUCUCUCGUUGUGUGUAAAACACAGGAUUUGAAGGCAAUUAUUUACACUAGAGCUUUGCUAUAAGAAAUACGAAAUUACAUAAAAGUGUAGAGACCAAAGGAAGAGCAAGAAACGAAAAAGCCAAAAAAAAUUGGAAAAAAAUCACAGGAAAAUUUUGCAUUUUUAAAUAAAAGUUUGAGAUUUUCCAAACAAAAUAAAAAAUAAACAAAAUAGUAAAACAAGAAUUUUUAAGCAGUUGAAGGAGGAGUGAAAAAUUUUAGAAUAAUUUAUUUUCAUUGGUAUUUGGUGUUUUUAUUGUUGUAAUCAAAAAUGGAUAUGCUAAAUCAAAUAUUAAAUAUGAAUGCUGGUGGAGCCUAUGGUGGUGGCAAGGCCGGUGGGGCCUUCGACCCCCUCUCGUUUGCCAUGAAACCCCAAGUUGUGAUACGAGCCUUGUGUUGGCUCUUCUCAGUGGUGGUCUUUGGUUGUAUAUCCUCGGAGGGAUAUCGCGAAGAAGAUGGCAAAGAGGUGUGUCUGUUCAACAAAGAUAAUAUGGCAUGUAAAUAUGGCAACACUGUUGGGGUUUUCGGGUUUAUUGCAUCGAUUGCAUUUAUUGUGGGAGAAUAUCUGUUUGAACGCAUGUCAUCGGUGAAAAGUCGAAAACGUUUCGUUAUGGCCGAUAUGGGUUUCUCAGCAUUUUGGGCAUUUAUGUAUUUUGUGGCGUUCAUCUAUUUGUGGUCACAAUGGAGUUCAGCUGAAAUGCCACCUGGCGGCAUUGGUGCUGGAAAUAUGCAAGCGGCCAUUGUGUUUUCAUUGUUCUCCAUAUUUACAUGGGCACUGUGUGCUUUCUUGGCCUACAAACGUUUCUUAAUUGGGGCGGGCGAUGAGUUUACAUCGGCCUUUGAAAACGAUCCCGCCAAUGUGGUGCAUCAGCAGGCCUACACAAGUUAUUCCAUGGAUAAUGACAAUGACCAAUAUAGUGCUUCACCAUUUUCAGGCCAGCAAACGGGAGGCAUGGAACAACAAAACAUGGAAUACCAGCAACCCACCUAUUAGAUAUCAAAUUCAAAAUAGAAAAACUUCAAAAUAAUUUAAAUCUAAAUUAUAAUGGAAUAAUUUGUUUUGUAGACGAUUUAACAGAAAUAAGAACUUAGUAACAUACAACCCCCCCCCCCCUCAACAAAUUAUAAUUCAUUGCAUAUACUGAAAAAAACCCACUAAUAAAUGAAAUUUUGAACAUUCAGCAAAUUGGCGCCCAAGCGUAAGAAAUCCAUUGCAAAACAGCAACAACUACAACUAAACUCUGUAAACUUGAACAAUACAAAAAAUACACCGAAUAAUAAAUGUUAAAAAAAUUUGUAAGAAAGCAAAGAUUUAAGAUGAUGAACCAAGAACAAAAGAAGUUAGAGAGAGAGAGAAGUAAGAGAAUACCACAAAAAACGUGAACACAAUAAAACUGUAAUAAACAAUACAUAUUAUAUAAUUAUUAAUAUUAAUAAUAAUAAUAAUUAUUAUAUAUACAUUUGCAUAACAUACCUAUAUAGAGAUUAUUAUACACUGAUAAAGAAAAAGAGUAACAACUAAGUUUUGAAAAAAAGAACAACACACAAAAAAAAACAAAUGGUUUAAUGUUUUUCUUUUGUAAACAUUCCAAAAAAACAAGAGCUCUCAAAUGCUUCAGCUUUAGAAACAACAACAAUAAAAACAAUAACCAUAUUUUGUAUUUUAAUAGUAAACAUUACGAAUAUAGAUGUAUUGUGAAGAAAAAAAACAGCUACCAUAAAAUCACAAAUUAAUCAGUUAUUUAAUAUAAAAUUGUUCGAAAUAUUAUUUUUAGAAGAAGCGUUCUCAAACAUGGUGGCUAUAUCAACUGAAAAUAAUUUAUUUCCUUUGUGGACUUGAUAUUUUCUUAGAAACCCUUCGGUUUUGCGAAAGAGAGGAAAAACAUAUAUUUUUUUCAUUUCCCUUCUGCUCAUUGCCUAACUAAAAAUUCUGAUCUUUUUCUCUGUUUUUAGUUAAAAUAUUUAUAUUUUGUAAUUUGAGCAGAAAUGGAGUUGUAUUUUAACCUCACAACAUUCAGACAAUUUCUAUUUAGUGUACCCUAUACAACAAAUUUCAAGUAAAUCAACGUGUAACUUUUAUAUAUAAAUUUUACGAAAACUGGAAUUUGAUAUUUAAAAUAUUAUUCAAAACUAGGUUAAACGAGUUUGAAACACUUAAUUUGAAUUAAUUAAAAAAACUGAUUGUCUAAACUGUCAACACACAUCUAAUAUGAUCAGUAAUAAUCGAAUUUGAGUAACCUAUAUAAGCAACUUUCCCAUUGGCGUGUGGCAAAUUAGUUUAAAUGCCUUUAUAUUAAUUUUAUUGAUGUUAUUUCCACGAAAACUGAGUUAUGUUAUUCAGAACUAGAUUAAAUGAUUUUAAAACACUUCAUUUAAAAGAAUUCAAAAAAUAUUUGGCUUAAAUUGCAUAUGAUUGCCAAAACUGUUCGUGUAAACUGUCUAUAAACGUCUAAAAUAUGAUCAGCAAUAAUCGAUUUUGAAUAACCUAUGCUAGCAACUCUCAUGUUGACUUGUGGCAAAUUAGUAUAAAGCCAUUUAUGUUGGUUUUCUUGAUGUAAAUUCCACGGAAAGUCUUUUAUGUUCUUCAAAAUUAUGUUAAACGAUUUCGAAACACUCAAUUUGAAUUAAUUCAAAAACUAUUUGGACAAAAUCCAGUAUGCAUGUAUAAACUGAUUGCGUAAACCGUCUAUAGCAAUCUAAAAUACGAUCUGCAUUAAUCGAUCUUGAGUAACCUUUACAUGUAAAUUUCACAUUGACGUGUGGUUAGUUUAAAGGCGUUUAUGUUUAUUUUCAUGAUGUAAAUUCCACAAAAACUGUGUUAUGUUAUAUAAAACAAGGAUAAGCGAGUUUGGAACACUUAAUUUGAACCAAUUCAGAAAAUAUUUGGACAAAAUUAAGCAUGCAUUCAUAAACUGAUUGUGUAAACUGUUUAUAAGCAUUUAAAAUAAAAUCUGUAAUAAUUGAAUUCUAGCAACUUUCACAUUGACGUGUGGCAAAUUUGUUUAAAGGCGUCUUAUUUAUUUUCUUGAGGUACGAUACACUUAAUUGAAUUGCAUAUGAUUGCCUAAAAUGAUUGUGUUAACUGUCUAUAAGCAUUUAAUAUAAAAUCAGUAAUAAUCGAUUUCGAGUAAUAUAUUUUAGCAACUUUCACAUUGACGUGUGGCAAAUUAGUUUACGAUAACUGUGUUAUGUUCUAACUAUGUUAUGUAAACUUUCUAUAAACAUUAAACAAAUAAUCAGUCAUCAUCGAAUUUGAGUAACCAUCUUUUACAUUGACGUAUGGCAAAUUAGUUCAAAGGCGUCUAUGUUUAUUUUCUUGAAAUAUUAUUAAAAACUAGGUCAAGCGAGUUAAAAUUUAAAAAAAAUUCUAAAUUCUAAAGCAACUUUCACAUUGGUGUGUUGCAAAUUAGUCCAAAGGCGAAAAUAAACAUUCUUGAUGUAACUUUCACAAUAACUGUAUUAUGUUCUUAAAAAUAUCAUUCGAAACUAAGUUAAUCGAGUUGAAAACACUUAAUAUAAAUAAAUUUAAAAAUGUGUUGACAAUAUUCACGUAUAUAUCAUAUGAUCAGUAAUAAUCGAAUUUGAGUCACCUAUACAUGCAACUUUCACAUUGACGUGUGGCAAAAUCACUCAAAGAUGGUGUAAUUAAUAUGUAAAAAUCUUCUUAUUUCUUUUUUGAACUCUACAAUUGACUACAAGUGUUUUGUACAAGAUAGAAAACAAAUUCGAUUUGUUUUGCAUAGAUAACACAUUUGCCAAAAAAACACCCGAUAAUUUUUUUUUUUAAUAAUGUCAAUAUUUGUUAUAUAAAAGAAGCUCAACAUUGACAACAACAGUCGGACCAGUGAGACAACUUGUUUAGUUUCGAUUUUCCUUCAUUCCUAUUAAAAAUUAAAUAACUUUUUAAUCCUGAUAAUCAUCAGAUAUAUUGUACCAAAUGUUCGAUUUGAUCAGCUGAUUGCUACCAUGUUGAGGUCUUUUCAAUUUAAAUUGAUUGUCCUGUUUUAAGAUGAUCUAAACAGUAAUGUGUGUUGGUCGUAACACAGCUGAUUGACAACUACAGCUGAUUUAUAUUGUGUGCAAUUUAAAAAUAAGGAAAUUUGCAAAAUUAUUUCACAAUUAUAUUAUGAAAUAACAUAACAUUAUUUUUUGACAUUAUCAGUGAUAUAUAUUUCAAGUAGAAAAAUUGUACCACUAAAUUGUUCUUAUAGGAACAUGUCACCGAUGUUACUAAUUAAAAAAAUAUUUGCAGAGAUUUAUUUCAAAAAAACAAAAAUUCACGGAAAUUUUUUCUAUAAUAAGGAAUAACGUGCGACAUUUGUAUUUGGAAAUGUAUGACUGAUGAUAUUUUUGAAAUAUUGUCUGUUCCAGAAAAGAUGGCCUCUUUCGGAACUGCAAGAAUGUAAAAUAAAUACGAUAACAGAUUUUCCCUUUAUGUAAUCGCAAAGAAUAGAAGGUUCUGGAACAGAGCAAGAAUACACAAGUUCUUAUUACAAUAAUCUAUUUUCUCUUUAUGAUAUCGAAAAAAGGGCAAAACUAAUAAGUCCUUGCAGGUAUUGGAACAGAUCGUUUAUAUUUGAAAGAUAUCAUUAAUAUCAUCAGAAGUACUAGUUGUUUUUAUUUUUGACAUUUUUACUAAGAAAAAUAUCAUCGGUGAAAUUAUUCUUUAAGAAAAACCAAGAAAAAAGUCACAAUAAACCGAAAUGUAGAGAUAACUACAAAUAAGAAGUUAUAUAUUUGUUUUUCUCUUUUGUAUGUAAAUGGCUUGAUUCGUUAUUGUUAAAUGGAUAUUUGUAAAUUGUAGGCAACAAAUGAAAAAAAAUAUAUAAACAACAAUAAAAACAUCAUAUUCCACAGAAGAAAAUAUAAAAAUAAACACAAAAACAAACUUAAUAACUCAGGUUAUAGCAAAUGAAAAUGUAGAAUUGAUUUUGAAAACAAGAAUAAAACCGGUUUUUAUUGAAUUUUAAGUUAAAGCAAUAUUGUACAUUUUUGAUUCUUACUAUUAUUUAGAAAUGAACAUUUAAUGAUUUAUAAAAAACAGCAUGUCAUUUCUUGUUCAAAAAACAUGGUAUUAUUAUUGGUUUGGCCAAGAAAUCUUAGGGCAAUUUUUUUUGCUAUAUGUGCAGUGGAAUUGGUCUUACCAAAACCAUUUCGCAUCACUAGGAACAUUUUACAUCUCACGUAUUCAAAUUUUCAAUUAUAUCAAACAUUUUUCAAGAAACUGUAAAAGCAAUGUGUAAACAAUGUGUUACAUCAAACACACAUGUGUUCACCAAUUAACGAAUUAGAGUUCCCUAUUCUGGGGGUAGAACUUUAAUUUUGGCGUAUGACAAAUAUGUUGUUUUUUGCUGUAAAUUCUACAAAAUAUGCAUUUCAUUCUUCAAAAUCUUAUAAAAUACUUACAUAAAUAUGAAAUUUAUGUGUACCAUAUUAUUUGGAGCAUUUUGGUACCAAAUUUGAAAAAUUUAUGAAUUUGGUAAAAAAUUUAAGAAAUAUUUUCGGUUUAUAAAUGCGUUUAAGUAAUGUAUGAGCAAUAUGUAACAUCAAAUACACAUAAUGGUAGAAGAAUACAGGUAGAUGCAUCAACGCUUGGGAACAUUGACAUAUCAACAAUUUUAAAAUGUUUUGACGAAAUAAGUAGAUUUUUAUAUGUUUUUUUAUACGACCCAAAUCGGGGGCUAUUAUGACAGGCAUAUUUCAACAAUUUUUACAAAAUUUCAAUAAUUUUUCAUUCGAAAUUUUCAAUUCCAAAAUCGAGAUGGCAGUUCAUUAUCCCAGCAGCUGUGUCGAAGCGAAAAUUUUUAUUUACCAUGACACACAUGUGUUCACCAAUUACCGAUUUAGAAUUCUCUAUUCUGAAGGUAAAACUUUUAUUUUCAAAUAUAAGUAGAUUUUUAUUUUUUUUACACGACGCAAAUAGGAGAAUUUUAUAAUAUGCGUUUUUAAAAAAUUUUUACAAGUUUGAAUAAUAUUUUUCAUUCAAAAAUCUCAAUUUCCAAAAUUGGUGUGACAGUUCAUUGUCCCAGCAGCUGUGUCGCGCAAUUGCCUAUAUUAUUCUACCAUAAUAUUCAUCAAUAAUCGAAUUAGAGUACCCUAUGCUCAGGGUAAAACUUGAUCUUUGACGUAUGGCAAAUAUAUUGUUUUCUUGGUGUAAAUUCUACAAAAUAUGCAUUUCAUUCUAUAUGAUAUAAAAAAUAAGAACAUAAUUAAGAAAUGAAUACAGACGUUAAUUUUUAGACUAUUUGUGUACAAAUUUGGAAAAUAUAUGCACUUGAUGAAAAAUGUCGAACAAUAUUUCCGACCUUUCCAGAUAAAAAUGUAUCCAUCAAAUGUGGAUACAUUUUUAUCUGGAAAGGUCAGAGAUUUCAAUGUAGUUAAUAAUAAAAAUUCCACAAAUUUGGAUUUCUUAAAGGAUGUCAGACCUUCAGGCCGAGUAGCAUGUUAGGAUUUAAAUUCUUUCUCUAUAAAAAUGUGAAAUUAAAUCUUUUAUGAAAAAAGAUUUUCAAAUAAAAUUAAAAUUAACAUAAUGUACAUGCUGUUUUCCUAAAUUUCCCCCCUAAGCUCAAUAGUUACAUACCGUUCAUUUAAAUAAAUCAAAUUAAUAAUUAUGAAAUUAAUCCUAAUUUAAAUAAAACGGCAUUUUAAAAAAGGCUUUACAGAGCAACACAUAUAGGAAUUUAUUAUUAAAAAUAUAUAUUUAACAAAAAACAAUACAUAAAAGUAGUAUUAUUUAAAGAUUUUAUAAAAAAAAUAAAUUACAAUAAUUUAACACUCAUUACACACACACAUUCCCAUCCCUAUCCAUAAACCCACUAAGAAAAAAUAAAAUUUAUUUAAAAAAAAUACCACAGCCCAAUUCUUACCAUAACAAAUGCCAAAAACAACAACAAAACAUAUUCAUAAUUUUUCUAAAAUAAAAAACAAAUAAAAAAAUAAAUAAAAAUAAACCUGCAAAUACAAACCAAACUAAAAAUUGUUGCUAAAUCACUGUUACAUACAUUUAUAAAUGUAUUUCACUUAAAUAUAUAAAUAAAUAAUAAUAAUAAUUAACUAUAUAUUUAUAUAUAUUUACAUGGACACAUAACUAUAUAAUACAUUCCAGCAUAUAUAUACACUAAAAUACCAAAUCACACAUCUACACCCACACCCACACACAUAUACAUAAAAAUAUUUAUAUAACUGUCUAUUUAAGUAGUAAAUGUGCGCGUUUUUUAGAAAAAAA